AUGGCUUUGAAGGAUACGUUUUACAUCUCACAUGGAUCACCAACGUUGUCGAUAGAUGAAUCGAUUGAGGCGAGGAAGUUUCUACAAUCAUGGAAGAAGGACGUGUUUGGUGAGAAACCUAACUCGAUUUUGAUUAUUUCUGGUCAUUGGGACACGACUGUUCCCACCGUUAACGUUAUUCAGACAACCAAUGAUACAAUCUAUGACUUCUAUGGUUUCCCCAAACCUAUGUACCAGCUUAAAUAUCCAGCACCUGGAGCUCCACAUUUAGCCAAAAGGGUGAAGGAACUACUCAUAAACUCCGGUGUCAACCGCGUCGAGGAAGACAAAAAGCGAGGACUUGAUCAUGGUGCUUGGGUUCCACUCAUGUUAAUGUAUCCAGAAGCAGACAUUCCGGUUUGUCAGCUUUCUGUUCAAUCUGACAUGGAUGGAACUCACCAUUAUAGCCUAGGAAAAGCAUUGGCACCUCUUAAAGAUGAAGGAGUACUGAUAAUAGGUUCUGGAAGUGCUGUUCAUAACUUGGGAACACUUAACCCUCGCGGCGGUGUUGCUCCUUGGGCCUUAGAAUUCGAUAAUUGGUUGAAAGACGCUCUUCUUGAUGGAAGGUACGAAGAUGUGAAUCAUUAUGAAAAAAAGGCGCCGCAUGCGAGAAAGGCUCAUCCACAUCCAGAUCAUUUUUAUCCAUUGCAUGUUGCAAUUGGUGCUGCAGGUGAAAAUUCAAAGGCUAAACUAAUCCAUAGGAGUAUUGAAAUGGGAAGUCUCUCUUAUGCUUCUUACCAGUUUACAUCAGAUUCGAGUUAA